AUACCUCAAGAACAUUCUGGAUUUGGACCAAUCCACAGCUACGAGCGUUUUCGUCACUCAAUACACAUUUCCAAACAGCUGUUGUAAAUAGACGAAUGACAUACUGCUAGCUAGUCUUUGAUACCGACGACAAUCAUAUAUUAUUUUCAAAAUUGUACUUUUUCGGAUAUCUAUUACAGGCGUUUGCCUUCUAACAACUGACUAAACGAAAGUUAUCGGCAUUCAGACCUGAAUUUAAACUGCCACCGCCUCAGCGCUCUUUGGAACGUCAAAACGUUAUGCAUUUAGCUAGCUAAAACAUAGCAAAUUGGUACUAACGAGUUAACGUUAGCAGGCUACUAGUAGCAAGGUAACGUUACGACUUGGACCAAGGAGAAUUGAGCAGUCAACUAACAGUCUGGCUCCCUAACUUAUUGUUAUCUAUCUGGACAGCUGACCAGGCAGCUAACUAGUUUACGCCCGCUGCUUUGCUGGAGAUAUUGGCCCACUCUAAGAUAGCCGGUCAGACGCGCCCACAUAACAUUAACUUUACUAGCUAGGUAGCUAACUAACGUUGAUGCUCCUAUCUCCCAUCUGUCCGCUGGUCAGACCGGGGAGACUGCCCUGCCACGGAGCUUCGUUGUGGCCGAUGCCACCGGCCCCGUUUGACGAGGGAAGCGAAGCACCAGUUCCUGGAAAGUUGAAGAGUAAACCACAACGCUAGCUAAGGUUAGCUAUCCACCGGACCGUGGCUGUGUGCGCAGUGACAGCUCUGUAUUUGAUUGUAGUUGGCUAGACAGCUAACCGUUUGCCAGGGCUGUUGGACCAGUGUUAUAGAGCGAUGGGGGAGUUAAAUAAAGAGGUUGUGGAUCUAGUUUGGAAAAGACCAGGCAGCAACGGGGUGUCCGCUUCACUCUUCAGGAGAUGGACCCAGGGGAUGGUCUUCAGUGAGACAGAACACACAGCACUGGAGCAGUUUGAAGGAGGACCCUGCGCUGUCAUUGCUCCUGUACAGGCCUUCCUUCUGAAGAACAUCUUGUUUAACAGAGAGAGUUCUAACUGGAGACGCAUCACAGAGGAGGAGCAGAAAGCGGCCCUAUGUUCUACUCUGGCUGAGAUCCUGGAACAGGCCUGCUCUACUUCCUCCACCACCUCCUACUGCCUGGUGACCUGGGCCAAAGGACAGUGCCCCCACACUACCACUCACACAUCCCUGACAGGGGGUCCGGAGACCAGUCAGACCCAGCAAGACCAGCAACCCACUGCUUUGGCUGCUGAGGAUCUUGGCUUUGAGCGGUUUCACAGCAUCCUCCAGAAGCGUAUUGUGAAGUCAUUAUCAGAGCUUAGAGAGGAGGUGGUGUCUCUCUACGAAUCCUGGAAAGGGCGCUGUGGAGUCCUGCUCUUCCUCUACUCUGUCAUCCUCACCAAGAGGAUAGAGAACAUCAGGAAUGAGAUUGAAGAUACUACAGAGCCUCUCAUAGAUCCAGUCUAUGGCCACGGCAGUCAGAGUCUGGUUAACCUGUUAGUGACGGGCCAUGCUGUCUCUAAUGUGUGGGACGGAGACAGGGAGUGCUCUGGCAUGAAGCUCCAUGGUAUCCACAACCAGGCAGCAGUUGGCUUCCUCACUCUCAUGGAGUCACUACGCUACUGCAAGGUGGGUGCGUUCCUGAAGUCUCCUAAAUUCCCUAUAUGGAUCCUUGGCAGUGAGACUCAUCUCUCAGUGUUCUUCGCCAAGGAGAUGUGUCUGGUGGCUCCUGAGUCUCCGUCUGAACAGGCCAGGAGAGUCUUCCAAACCUUCGACCCAGAAGAUAACGGCUUUAUUCCAGACUGUCUGUUGGAGGAGGUGAUGAAGGCACUAGACCUCGUCUCAGAACCUGAAUACUAUGUGAGUCUGAUGAAGAGUAAGUUGGAUCCAGAGGGCUUGGGGAUCGUGCUGCUGGCUCCGUUCCUCCUGGAGUUCUUCCCUGAUCAGGAUACUGGAAUCCCAGACUCCUUCCCUGUCUACCACUACAAUGGCCUGAAACAGUCCAACCACAACGAGAGGGUGGAGUAUGUGCAGGGUUCAGCCCUGGUCCUGGGCUUUGAGGACCCCAUGGUGAGGACAGAUGACACUCCGGUGAAGCGCUGCCUCCAGACCAAGUGGCCCUACAUAGAACUGCUGUGGAAUACUGACCGCUCCCCUUCACUUAACUAACUCGCUGCUAGGGUCGUAGAGGACUGACUGAUCUCUAAAGGAAAGAAGGCCACAAAGACUGAGAGACACAGUGCAUGUACACUGUUGCACACACAGGAAUUUGCUCACUGUCCUGGGCAGGAGAAAAACACACACAGAACGCCACUACACACACUUGACAUACAGACACACUUGUUUACUGUUAACUCUGUUGUGUUUUACAUGACUGUAAAUUAAGUCACAGGAUGUUUUUGGUUUGUUGUAAAAAGCUGAAUGACUUAUCACUCUAUAGAUGACUCUGUUUUAUACUCUGGGAUAUAUUCACCUAAUAAGAACUACAUAUAAAGGAGAUAGCUGACCUCGUUGGAAUGUAAACCUGUAACUGACUGACUGGAUCAAUGCUUCUGUACCACCCAGCUGUCUGACUGUUAAAGAGAAACAACCAAAGCUUUUUCCAAGACGCGCGUGCACACACACACACACACACACUCCUAUUCUAACUACAGCUAAGUUAGUUUGACCUCUUAGUACUGAGGCAGGGUAUCCCUGACCCAGAUUAGGUUUACUGCAUUAUCUCCAUUGAAAUAGUCCAGGAGCAGUCUCAAUCUGGGGCUGGGAAGCUAGCCUCAAGGGUUUUCACAGGAGAUUAGAGUAAAAGGGUAACGCACACACAUACACACACCCUGGUGUUUACAGCAUAAAGGGACCAAUCACAGCAGCGAUAUAAGGAAAUUCCUCCUGUUUAGUGGUUUGACCUGGGAGUAGAACCUUUGGCUGGUUUUACACUUCGAGUGACUUCUCUCUUCAUACCAACACAGGAAGUGAUAUGGUAUUCAUGUAUUUAUUGCCCCCCCUCCCAAAAAACUAAUAAACCCAUUUUUCUUCA